CCGCAUGACCAUCAAAACUAAUGUAACAUGUGAAGCGACCAAACGUAUUACAACCCUUAGCUUUCUCUUUCCCAUUCCUUAAACCUUUUUCCCUUGUAUCUCCAUUUCUUUCUUAUCCCUAUCUUCACAGUUCUUGAUAUCUUUCAUUCAAGUCCUACCAACCAUGAAGGAUCUCUGUGAUCUCAAGGUUCACAUCAAUGGGCAGCACACCUUCCUCCUCCAUCAGAGGAUUAUGUGCUCAUUCUCAGGAAGACUGAAAAAGAUGGUAAAGCAAGAGAGGAAGAGAAGCCAACCGAAGGGCUCAGGGCUAAAGAUAACCGAGUUCCCUGGAGGCCCGGAGGGGUUUGAGCUGAUAUCAAGAUUCUGCUACAGCAAUGGGAGAAUUCUCAUGAGCCCAGCAAAUGUCAGCCUUCUCCACUGUGGUGCCAUCUUCCUUGAGAUGACCGAAGAGUUCUCCACCUGCAACCUUUUGACCCAGACGGAGACUUUCUUGGAUGGGCUCUUCUACUGGACCUGGGGUGACAUCUUGACAGCCUUGAAGCUUUGUGAGCCUUUCUUCCCCAUUGCAGACUCCUCUGGCCUGCUCCUAAAGCUCGUCGCCUCGCUCCUCACAAAGAUCUCGGCCAAUUCAGAGGUUCCAUUGACAGUAGCCACCCCACUGCCUUCCUCCUCCUCCUCCUCCUCAUCUUCUGAUACUUCUGGGUUCAGGUGCUCCUCUUCCACCAAGAACUCUGAAACCAUAAAGCCUUGCUUCACUAAAGAGUGGUGGUUUGAUGACCUGACUAUGCUUGGCCCAAACAUCAUAGAAAAGUUCAUGCGGACCCUUGGAGCCUAUGGCACUGAUAACAAGAACCUCAUACUGACCAGGUUCCUAUUGCACUACCUCAAAGCAGCAGCCAAGAACCCAAGCUUUGACAAGUUAGAGUAUGGUGGCCUUGCAGACACUGCAGUCUGUGGGGUCGUGCUGAUGGGGAGGUCAGUCUUCUCUUGCAGGGGAUUGUUUUGGGUUCUGAGGGUGGUCUCAGGCCUGGGACUGAGCAAAGAAUGUAGGUGUAGGUUGGAGAGGCUGAUGGGUCUGAUGCUUGACCAGGCCACUUUGGAUGAUCUCUUGGUAUCAGGGUAUGAUGGGGUUGUCUAUGAUGUGAAUCUGGUGCUUAGAUUGGUUAGAGUCUUUGUGAAUGAAAGAGAGGGUGGGAUGUCCUUGCAAAGGAUGAAGAAGGUUGGGAGGUUGGUAGACAAGUACUUGGGUGAGAUCUCCCCUGACCCAAGCUUGAAGGUGUCUAGGUUUCUUGGGGUGGCUGAGAGCCUGCCAGAUUCUGCCAGGGACUGCUUUGAUGGCGUCUAUAGAGCUUUAGACAUCUAUCUUGAGUCACACCCAAAGCUGACCUCUGAGGAGCGCAUGAGACUAUGCCAAUGCGUAAACUAUGAGAAGCUCACCCUCGAGACCUGCAAAGACCUUGCCAAGAACAAGAGGAUCCCUCCAGGAGUUGCUGUCCAAGCAUUGGUUGCACAGCAAUCCAAGCUUCGAAUCAAGAGUUACAUCGCAGAUGGGAUUGAUCCUGCUGCAACCCCAAGGUUGGUCAGGUGCACUGCAGGGAAUGAGGCCGAGAGGAUCUCUCCAGAGUUGGUGUAUAACAAGGAGGACAUGAAGCUCAACCUACAGAGAAUGCAGAACAAGGUGAUGGAGUUGGAGAAAGUUUGUAGAGAGAUGAAGGGCCAGAUGUCUAAGAUGGUGAGGACCCAGGCCAUCAACAGCACCUACCACCACAAUACUCGGGGAAUGCCCAGGCUUUGUUGA